AUGCCGAAGAUCAGAACCAAUCGAACCAAGCCGCCUCCCGAAGGGUUUGAAGAGAUCGAAGGAGUGUUGGACGAAUACGAGCGAAAGAUGCGAGAUGCCGAAUCAGCGACACAUGAAGGCAAGAGGAAGAACGAAUCAGUCUGGCCAAUCAUUCGGAUCACUCACACCCGCUCCCGCUACAUCUACGAUCUGUACUACAAGCGUGAGGCAAUUUCAAGAGAGCUAUACGACUGGCUCCUAGAGCAAGACUAUGCGGACGCCAACUUGAUCGCCAAAUGGAAACGGACUGGGUUCGAAGGCUUAUGCUGUGCCCGAUGCGUCCAAUCCAGAGACAUGAACUACGCCGGGUCGGUGUGUAUCUGUCGGGUCCCAAAAGCUCAAUUGAAGCCUGGUACAGUCGUCGAAUGUGGUGUCGUGGCUGCGCAUCUGGUGAUUGAUAAUUGGAAAGAAUAG